GCUUUGCACGACAUUCACCAUGCGACCCACCGCCCGACUGUUCCAAGCGGUCACGUCGCCAUCUCGCGCCCGGAGCGUGAGCUUCAUCGGGCUCGGGCGCAUGGGCUACGAGAUGGCGUACAACCUCUUCUCCCACAAGUUCGCCGAGAGCAGCGGCAACGCACGAUUCGUCAUCUGCGACGCGCGAUCGGCCGUCUCAGAGGGCUUCGUCUCCAAGUUCGUGAAUCAGUUCCCCGGCGCGCAUAUAUCCGUCGCGAACUCACCUGAAGAAGCGGUGCUCGCUUCGCAGACGGUGAUCACCAUGUUGCCGUCCUCGCCGCACGUACGCAACGUCUACAUCGAAGCAGGGGGUCUCCUACCCGCCCUACGCACAUUGCCCAAGGAGGAUGUGCAGGCCACCCUGUGCAUCGACUCCACCACGCUGGACGUGGAGGUCGCACGGGAGGUCGCCUGUGAUGUACACAAGGUCGGCGCAAACAUGGUCGAUGCGCCCGUCUCCGGAGGCGUUACAGGUGCGAAGGCCGGCACGCUCAGUUUCCUGGUCGGCGGCACGCAGACCGGGUUCGACCUCGCACGGCCGACGCUCGCCCACAUGGGCCAGAAGAUCAUCUACUGUGGCUCUUCUGGUUCCGGACUGGCGGCGAAGAUCUGCAAUAAUCUGGUACUUGGCGUGGAGCAGAUCGUAGUGGCAGAGGCAAUGUUGCUGGGCCAGAAGCUGGGGCUGGAGUCCAAAAUAUUGGCGGCGGUCAUUAACAGUUCGACGGGGGCGUGCUGGGCGAGCUCGGUCAACAAUCCUGUCCCGGGCGCUGUCCCGGACAGUUCCCCACCCAGCGAGAGGGACUUUGAUGGUGGAUUUGCGACGAGUCUCAUGCUGAAGGACAUGGGUUUGGCGAAGAACAUUGCCAUGUCCAUCAAGAGCCCGUUGCCACUGGCAUCGGCAGCGGAAGAGAUCUACGCAGAUGUCAUUGAGGAUGACCCAGAGCUGGCGAACAAGGAUUUCUCGUCAGUAUACAGAUACCUGCGACUUGGCUCAAACCAUAAGUGAUGGGCGGUAUAUAUUGAAAUUAGGAUAUAUUCGAUGUAAAUGUACGGUUUUGGGGUAAAGCAACGCUCAGUUGAUACGGGUAACACCGGUGACUCACGUUCGCGAGAACGCUGGCCUGAAUCUUUGCUCGCUGCUCCUUCUUGCUCUUGAACUCAGGUGUACUAUAACCAAAUACAUUUGCAAUGCGAUGGAGGCCGUACACGUUGGCAUGCUGUCCAG